CGGUAUCGCUCACCAUCAGACAACGGGAGUCACCGGCGUUGAACACACACAGUUUUCACCGAGACGAACCGUUCAGUGAAACGCUGCCUUCAGGAGCGUCGUGACCGCGAAGAGACAUGGGGGAUCGAGUGGCUUUACUGCUGCUGGCUGUAGCGGCUUCGGCUUUGGCUGCCGAGGUGCCUACAGAUGUUUCAAUGGGUCUGCUGGCAGAGCCCCAGGUGGCCAUGUUUUGCGGUAAACUCAACAUGCACAUCAAUGUGCAGAGCGGCAAGUGGGAACCGGACCCCUCGGGCACCAAGAGCUGCAUCGGAACCAAGGAGGGCAUCCUGCAGUACUGCCAGGAGGUGUACCCAGAGCUCCAGAUCACUAAUGUGGUGGAGGCCAACCAACCAGUCAGCAUCCAGAACUGGUGCAAGAAAGGCCGCAAGCAGUGUCGCAGUCACAUGCACAUUGUGGUGCCCUACCGCUGCCUGGUGGGAGAAUUUGUGAGCGAUGCCCUGCUCGUUCCUGACAAGUGCAAGUUUCUGCAUCAGGAGCGCAUGGAUCAGUGUGAGAGCCACCUGCACUGGCACACUGUGGCCAAGGAGUCCUGUGGAGACCGCACCAUGAACCUCCAUGACUACGGGAUGCUGUUGCCCUGCGGAAUUGACCGUUUCCGAGGUGUGGAGUUCGUGUGCUGUCCUGCAGAGGCCGAGCGCGACGCCGACAGCGCCGAACAGGAUGCUGAUGAUUCUGAUGUCUGGUGGGGUGGAGCGGAGACUGACUACUCUGACAACAGUAUGGUGCGGGAGCCGGAGCCAGUUGAGCAGCAAGAGGAAACCAGGCCAUCUGUGGUAGAGGAGGAGGAGGAGGAAGAGGAGGAGGAGGUGGCUGAGGAAGAUGACGAGGAGGAAGAGGAGGAGGAGGCACUGUACAAUGACCAGGAUGGUGACGGAGAGGAGGACGAAGAGGUGGUAGAGGAAAAGGAAGAGGAAGGGGGAGACGACGACUUCAUCGACACGCUUGAUGACAGCGAUGACGAUGAUGAUGAGCGCACCACCAACAUCGCCAUGACGACGACCACCACCACUACAACAGAGUCUGUGGAAGAGGUGGUCAGGGAUGUGUGCUGGGCCAAUGCAGAGACAGGUCCAUGCCGGGCCAUGCUGCCCCGCUGGUACUUUGACCGACAGGAGGGCCGCUGUGCAGUUAUCUACGGUGGCUGCGGAGGCAACAGGAAUAACUUUGAGUCAGAGGAGUACUGUGUGUCUGUCUGCAGCAGUGUCAUACCCACAGCCUCACCCAGCUCCUCUGAUGCUGUGGACCAUUACCUGGAAACGCCUGCCGAUGAAAAUGAACACGCACACUUCCAGAAGGCCAAGGAGAGUCUGGAGGCCAAGCACCGUGAGAGGAUGUCCCAGGUGAUGAGAGAGUGGGAGGAGGCUGAGAGGGAAGCCAAGAACCUGCCACGGGCUGACAAGAAGGCCGUCAUUCAGCGUUUCCAGGAGAAGGUGGAGGCUCUGGAGCAGGAGGCGGCCAGCGAGCGGCAGCAGCUGGUGGAGACCCACAUGGCCCGAGUGGAGGCUCUGCUCAACGACCGGCGCCGUCUGGCUCUGGAGAGCUACCUGACCGCCCUGCAGCAGGACCCACCCAGGCCCCGUCAUGUCUUCAGCCUGUUGAAGAAGUAUGUACGUGCCGAGCAGAAGGACAGACAGCACACCCUCAAACACUUCGAGCAUGUCCGAAUGGUGGAUCCCAAGAAGGCGGCUCAGAUCAGACCUCAGGUCCUGACUCACCUGCGUGUCAUCGAGGAGCGUAUGAACCAGUCUCUGGGACUUCUGUACAAGGUACCAGGCGUGGCUGAUGACAUCCAGGACCAAGUUGAGCUCCUGCAGAGGGAGCAGGCGGAGAUGGCCCAGCAGCUGGCCAACCUGCAGACCGACGUGAGGGUGAGCUAUGGCAACGACGCCCUGAUGCCCGACCAGGAGCUGGGAGACGGCCAAACCGACCUGCUGCCUCAGGAGGACAACCUGGGCCUGGCAGGAGUCGGCUUCAUCCAUCCUGAGAGCUUCAACCAGCCCAACACUGACAACCAAGUUGAACCAGUGGACUCUCGCCCCAACCUGGACAGAGGCAUCCCCACACGGCCAGUGACUGGAAUGAAGAUGGAAGCUAUUCCUGAGCUCCGCAUGGAGACGGAGGACAGACAGAGCACUGAGUAUGAAGUUCACCAUCAGAAACUGGUCUUCUUUGCCGAGGACGUGGGCUCAAACAAGGGCGCCAUCAUUGGCCUGAUGGUCGGAGGUGUCGUCAUAGCGACCGUGAUCGUCAUCACCUUGGUGAUGCUGAGGAAGAAGCAGUACACGUCCAUCCACCACGGAGUCAUCGAGGUGGAUGCUGCCGUCACCCCCGAGGAGCGCCACCUGUCUAAGAUGCAGCAGAACGGUUACGAGAACCCAACCUACAAGUUCUUUGAGCAGAUGCAGAACUGAGGAGAAUGUCACACACAACAUAUAAAAAAAAAAAACACACACACACACACAAACACACACAUACAUACAUAAAAGUUCACAAACAUCUCCUCCUCUCAUCAAGCACCUUCCCUUCCCCAUUCUUCCCCAAAUAGUCCCAUGUCUCCAAAAAGGCAGUGUGGCUUAGAUCCUGGAGUGACUGAAAUAGUCAGUUACGAGCAUUCGGAGCAACUGUAGCCAGGGUUUCUUUCAUUUCUGCCUGGGCGGACACUGUGGCCGAGCCAGUUUGCACCAAGUUUGUUCACUUUAUUGGAGCAAAGACGCCUUUUAAUUAAGGAAAGGGGGUUUUUAUAGGUCGCUCCGUCUGGGCCUGCUGAUGUAUAGAAAAGGCCCCGCCCAGUGCAUCGAGACAAACCCACCCGUAUGGGAAUAAAAGCGCAUUCUCUCCACACUGAUUCAGGGCCAGUGUAUAGUUUUAUUUUAUUUUAUUUUUUUUUUGCUUGAGAUGGUUUUAGGCGUGGACUUGUGUUGGCAAAUCUGACCGCUGAUCAGUAGGAUUUUAGGCGCACAUAGGCCUGGGCCUCAUUUACAAAAACUGGUUGCAUGCAGAUUCGUAGUAAGCUUUGUUCAAAAUGAAGGGUUUAAUUAAUCAGUGUGUUGACAUAAAGAUAUUCAUUUGUCUUGAUUGUAUUGUUUUUAAUUAAUAUCAUAAUGAAAUACAGGCAACGUGAUUUUUCCAACUGAGGCCCAGUGUUUCCCCACCUAAUGCACCACUACUGCACUCACUCUACAGUCGACACUGGAGUAUUAGUGAGCCUCCCCUCCCUCCCCCUCCUCCACCAUCCCUCCCUCCAUCCACUUUUCUUUGCGCAUUCUUACGACAGCUGGGCUGUGUUAAGUCACACAAGGCUCUUAAGGAUAUCUGGAGAUGCUCGAUGAUAAUGAAAUAUGUCGACGGUGACGGUAGUAAUUAUGUAUUCCGAAUGAGCUGUUUUUAUUUUAGAGGUUUCUCUAUCGUUUCCAGUUUUGUUUUUUCAAAAAAGUACGAAAACAGAGAAAAAAAAACAAACAAACAACCAAGUCAACCGAUGUAAAGUCCUUUUUUUAAAUUGCGUGUAAUGUUCUGAAGUAAUGCUGAAGUCUUAGCUGUUCCUAUGUAGUGCAUGACAACAAUGACAACUGGAUUUGGUAAAAACAAAAAACAAGAUCGUAACGCUGCUCUUGAGAUCCUUUCUCACGUAUAGAUUGUCAUUUUAGCAAGAUUGUACAUUUAGUAUCUUCUCGUGAUCACGUGACUUCAAACAGAAAAAUAUAUAUGAAUCUAGAUGAACGGGCUCUGCUUUGAUAUCAUGUAAAAUACACAUUUAAAAAGAGAAAUCUGUGAUUUUCAGAUUUACGUGUUCGUCAUUUCUUCUUUUUUUUAUACCGUGCUUUGUUCCUGAAACUGCAGGACCAGGCAAGGGCUUUGUUUUUGUCUGUAUAUUAUUCACUAAAAAAAUAUAUUGUGUUAAAACUCCUUUGCAGAAAUCACCCUAUUUAAUUUUUGUUCGGUUUUCUGUUCAUUUCAUAUUUUCUGUGUUUUUCCAGAAGGGGCAUGUUUAGAGAGGUUUUCACAAGCCGGGAGGGGACGCGAGAAGACGUGAGGAUUUGGGGCGUGGGGGAUGGGUUAAGAGUAAUUCUGCGUGUACGUGUUUUGUCAUUUUCAGUCUGGUGUUUUGUCCAGUUGUAAGCUUUUGGGUUUUGUAAUCAUUUCGCUUUCAGCAGACAGAACAGGUGGAGUGCUGAGAGGAGGAAGGAGGGCGAGGUAGAGAGGAAAUGACUUGCAGUUCCGGAUGGAUAGCCAGCCAGGCAGGCAGUCUGUAUAUAUAAUGGAUUUUCACUUCCCUCCGCACCUCCCCCUCCCUCCUUCGCCUCCCUUUUCCUUCAGGCAUGCUACUCACCUCUCUGCCAUCAAUGCACACUUGACUCCUCAGAGGCAGAGCACUGUAGUCUGUAUAUAUAGAUGAUAUAGGCAUUCACUAUCCAGAGAGCUGAGAGUGAGUCGCAGGCGGAGAUGUGAAAACAGGGAUCGAAUCGUCGGGGAAGACUCCCCCUCCCCCCCCCGCACCCUUCAACCUUCAUCCUCAUAUAGUCAGCUCCUGGGAAUAGUCAGAAUAUUUCUCAGCAUCUCAACGUGACAGUCAAAGAAAUACAGCGUGACCUCUGACUCUGCUAAGAUCUAUAGGAAACGCUGGGUGAAAUGUACAUAUGGAGGCUGCAGUGGGGUGGGUCCUUGGUUUUCAGAGGGUGCUCAUUAGAAGCCCAACAGAGGGCAGUAGAGUAGAAGAGGAAGCCGGAUUUUCUUUCUAUCUUUUUUCUGUGGGUAUUAUAUCAGUUUUGUUUUCCACUGUGUAAUAUUGUGCAGGCCAUUUGCAUUGACUGGGAAAACGCUUUCUACACUGUAUUCCAUAAUAAAGUUUUGAAUGUACAUACA